UGGGGCAGCCGAGCCAUGUGCACCACCCUCCUCCUGCUCAGCACCUUGGCUAUGCUCUGGCGCCGACGAUUCGCCAACCGGGUCCAACCAGAGCCCAGCGAAGUAGACGGGGCUGGGGCCGUCCUGGGCGGCAGCCUGCAGACAGACACCCAGUCCCCUGGCAGGGAGAAGCCUGUGGAGUAA